AACGGUCACAUUAUCUCAAAAUACAAAUAAUUCCCCAUUCCAAAACAAGAACAAGAAUCAGAUUCCAAAACCUUCAACCUCGUCCUUCAACAUUCAACAAAACAUGAACAACGCCACGCAGCUUCAAGUGUGGAACAACGCCGCAUUCGACGACCACGACCCCUUCCUCCCCAUCAACACUUCUUGGUCCUCUUCCGACUGCACCAAGGAAAACCUCAGCCCGCCCGCACCCAAUCACUCCUCCAAGAAAACCUCCAUCGACGCCGAGAUCGAAGCCAUCCAGCGCGAGAUCACGCGCCUCACCACGCGCCUCGACGCGCUCCGCCUCGAGAAGGCCAAGCGCGCCAAGCGCCUCGUCGGAAGGGUGGUGCCGGCCAAGUUCAUGGAGCCGCGCCCCAACGCCGUCGUUUCGAGGAAGCCCGAGGAAACGCCGAAGGCGAAGGUGAAGAUCAGUAAUAACAACAAUAAUAACAAUAGUUGGCGGCGUGGGAUGAGUCUGGGACCGGCGGAGAUUGCGGCGACGCCGGCGACCGUGCAGAGUCGGCGGAAGUCGUGCUUCUGGAAGCUUCCGGAGAUCGAGGAGGAAGCGAGGGCGAAAACGGUUGGGAGAGUGAAGAAGAAAGAUGAAGCGGCGUUGGUGGGUCAGGCUCAGGCGAGGAAGUUGUUUGAGAGGGAGAAAGUGAAAGCGGUGUGUGAGAGUAACAAGAAGGGGUUGUUGAGGCAGGGGAGGGUGGUGGCGAGUAGGUAUAAUAGCUGUUGUGAUGUGAAGAAGAGGUCUUUGCCUGAGGGAGGGAGUGAGGUUAGGGUUAAGAAGAGGUGGGAGAUUCCCAAGAAUGGGGGAGAAGAGGAAACUAUGGCCACUGCCACGGCGACGACCACAGCGGUGGCAGUGCUUCCAAAGAUUAGGACGGUUAAGUGUGUGAAUGAUAGCCCCAGAGACUCUGGGGCUGCCAAAAGAGUUGCGGAGUUGGUAGGGAAGAAGCCUUUUUUCAGCAUUGAUGAGAAAGAUGUUUGUCAGGUUCUCGAUUUUGCAGAAGAAGAUGGGUAAUGAAUUAAGGUUUUCAAUUGCAGUAUAAGGAGUCAGUCACUUAUUCACUACUUGCAGUGCUGUAAUGCUGCGAGUGAGUUUCUUUAGUGAUUGACUCGAGUUUGUGAGCCAAGUAAUAUCUGGCUUGUGAGAUAAUGGUAAUGAUAAUGGUUGCUGUAAUUUUUUUGAUUUCUUUAAACUUUGGUAUAGACGGAACUUCCUAAGUUCUGAUUGAUUUUUGUGAGCUGAACCAUGAGGUGAAAGUCCUUUUGUUGGUUUAGUCUUGCCUUUCUAUAUGAUGCUAAAUAAUGAGUAAUGCUUGGUCCUUUUUCA